AUGGGUCUCCCGCCGGUCUCCUCGGCUCCGGCGGCCGCUCCGCCCGCCCCCCCCCCCGCGCCGCCACUCACUUCCGGCCCCCGCCCUCCAGCGCGGCCUCACCGGCCCCCGUCACGUGACGCGCGGGCCAAUAGCGGCCCCCGAUCGCCCCGCCGGGCCGCGGCUCCCAGGCCCCGCCCCGCUGGGCCGGCGGUGACCAAUCAGCGGCCGCGCUGCCCCGUGACGCGCGGCCCGCCCUGCGGCGCGGACCAAUGGGCGCGCGGGGCGGCGGCGUUUGAAAGCGCGGCGGGGGGCGGGGGCCCAACGGCCCGGCGGGGCGCUGAGGCGGGGGCGGCUGCGGGGCGGACCGGGCCCGCCGGCAUGGCGCACAAGCAGAUCUACUACUCGGACAAGCACGUGAUGCUGCCCAAGGACAUCGCCAAGCUGGUGCCCAGGACCCACCUGCUCUCGGAGUCAGAAUGGCGGAACCUGGGGGUGCAGCAGAGCCAGGGCUGGGUGCACUACAUGAUCCACGAGCCAGAGCCCCACAUCCUGCUCUUCCGCCGCCCGCUGCCCAAGAAACCGGAGAAGUGAGUGGAUCUCGGCCGGCUGAAGCCCCCGAGCUGAGACAGCACCUUCCUGCUCCUCAUCCUCGGUGCUCCCGGGGGGCUUCACCCCACACCACACCGGCGGGUGUCGGUGACUGUCGGUGCUGCUUGGUGGCUGGGCCCUGGUGCCUCUUCCCGCCGCGGGGCCUGAGCGUGUGUCAUAACUUCAAUAAAGGGAUGUUUGGGA